ACCAAACUGUCAAUUUCUUUUACAACGUGACUUCCUCCGCACUUCACAGCGGCCGCUAUACCUAUAUUGGCAGGAGUUUUUGACUGUUUAUCAUGAAUUUAGAUAAGCAAAUUUUAGCCUUAGGAAGGACAUGAUUGCAGUCAAUCAUCCAUCUGAUAAUUGCACCCUUGGUUUAAUGGUAAAAUCAGCGCUUCCCAUGCGCUGGCUCCGGGUUCGAUUCCCGGAGGGUGCAUUCAAUAUCUUUGCAACGAUACUUUUUGUUAUUCCUUUGGUAGUAGAGAUAUUGGCUUUUUUUUUUUCCCUCUGUGAAGCGAAAAUAUACCCGAGCCACCACGAUAGGUAAGUAUGUCUUGCGCGAAUGAAUAUAUACAUAAAUUUGGAGAUGAUCUCUGUUGUACAUUGUUCUCUCAAGAACGAGUCUAG